AUGGCUCAACUUGUUGCUUUUCUAACCAUUUUCUUUGCAGUUUUGGGAACUUCCAUGGCUCACUUCUCCAGCCACUUCGGCUUCGACCCCUUUGGUCGCCGCCACAGCAAGUAUGGCAACGACUAUGGCGACUACGGCAACCCUGAAUAUUGCUCGGACAUCGCUCCAAGGUUUGCAUUGUGUCAGGGCUUCGUUGAAGGGAGCGACAGCUAUCCGUCACCUCAAUGUUGUGAGAGUCUCCAGCAACUUAACAUGAUUGCUAAGGAUCAGAGCGGAGGUCCGACGAGGAUCUGUGAGUGCAUUGAGCAAAUGGGGAAUAAUGAGUACAAGAAGUCCCGUGUUAAGCAUGUUUUUCGUAGUUGUGGCAUGCACAAUAGCUUUCCCAUUUCUAACAACAUGGACUGCUCUAGGUAG